AUGAUGGAGGAACUGGUCGGGCUCGGCGCCGUGACACUGCUGGGCGUCCUGGAGCAAGCCUAUUUCUCUCUCCAGGUAAUUUAUGCCAGGAGGAAGUAUUCAGUGUCUCCACCUGCCACCUCUGGACCACCAGAAUUUGAGAGGGUCUUCAGAGCUCAAGCAAACUGCUCAGAGUACUUCCCCAUCUUCAUCACCGUGCUGUGGCUAUCUGGAGUAUUCUUCAGCCAAGGUCUGUCUUCAGUCUGCGGUUUGCUUUAUUUAUACGGACGGUUCAAUUACUUUAGAGGAUAUUCUGAGUCUGCACAGGGACGUCUGGCUCCACUUUACUUCAGCGCUCAGAUUCUCUGGAUUCUCAUCGGGUUCUCGGCUGUUGGCAUUUUCCUCACCUUCUGCCGAGUUUACCUGAACGUGGACCUGCUGCAGGAACUCUGCUCCAUCCUCGGGCUGUUUUGAUCGAGGAGGAUAAGAAGUGACAAAAG